GGGCGGGACUUCCUUUCGCCCGCGGAUGUCACAUCAGGGUCGGCCAGGCUGAAAGGGCUUGGUCGGGGUGUCACCGGUUUGUGCGCCAAACUCUGGACCGGACGAGCAGGCAAACUGGCCGACGCUGGAGCCCCGCAGAUGAGCCUCCUCCUCGGAUAUGCUGUCCUGAGAGCGCCGCACGAAUCCUCCCGACAAAAUGUCUGAUGUAAACAAGACUAUCCAGAAAUGGCACGCCAGUUUUAGGAAAGGCUCAGACUUUGACUCGUGGGGGCAGUUGGUGGAGGCGAUAGAUGAAUACCAAAUUCUAGCGAGGCAAAUGCAAAAAGAGAUCCACACAACAAGUUCCACAGAUUUCACAGAAGAGCAGAAGAAAACUUUAGGGAAGAUUGCAACAUGCCUGGAGAUGAGAAGUGCGAGUCUGCAGUGCACACAGUCAAUGGAAGAAUUCAAAUUAGAGGACCUGAAAAAAUUAGAAACCAUAAUAGAGAAUAUCCUCACCUAUAAUAAAGAAUUUCCUUUUGAUGUCCAGCCCGUUCCCUCGAGAAAAAUCCUGGCUCCAGGAGAGGAGGAGGAUCUCGAUCUGGACGAUGAUGAGGAUGCGGGGGCGUGUGCGUCUGAGGCUUUCGCGUCGCGAGCUCCUGCUUCUCAAGGCACCUUGUUACCACGGUUACCCUCUGAGCCUGGAAUAACACUACUCACAGUAAGAAUUGAGAAAAUCGGGUUAAAGGAUGCUGGGCAGUGCAUCGACCCCUACAUAACCGUCAGCGUUAAAGAUGUGAACGGCGUUGACCUGAAUCCGGUGCAGGAAACGCCCGUAGCCACCAGAAAGGAGGACAACUACAUUCACUUCUGCGUGGAUGUGGAGAUCCAGAGACACGUGGAGAAACUACCAAAAGGAGCAGCUAUCUUCUUUGAAUUCAAACACUACAAGCCUAAAAAGAAGUUCACCAGCACGAAAUGUUACGCUUUCCUGGAGAUGGACGAGAUCAAACCCGGACCGCUUGUGAUUGAGCUGUACAAGAAGCCUACGGACUUUAAGAGGAAGAAGCUGCAGCUCCUCACCAAGAAACCACUUUUCCUCCACCUUCAUCAGACGUUACACAAAGACAGCUAAGCCUCGGCUGGAAGGACGCCGAGAUCGCGUCUCAUCAUCACGUCCAGCAAUAUCCAAGAGGUCCAGCGUUUUCCAUGAAUGUGAAGACAGAAACAGAGCCGGUUGUUAAAUCAGCUCCUAUUUUUUGCAUUCUUAAUUUGUUUUGAAGUGAAGUGCAUUUUCUUUAUUUUCUUCUGCUGAAAAUCUCAAAAAAAUGGGAGAUUUUUAUUGCAAAAAAUGCAUUUUCUUUAUAGUUUGAAAACAUCCUGACACUUUCAAGUAAAUGUGCUGCAGAGGAGCUCAGAAAAUUUUGGUUGCACUUAAAUAAUCACCAAACUUGUGUUUGCAGUUAUUUGAAACGGUAAGGAGCACAACAACAAAUGUUUGAUUCCAACGUUCGGAACCGAAGUCCAAAAGUGACGUUAUUUUGAAAUAAAGUUAGAAGCAAAAGUGAAUCAACCACAAACCCAUGUUUCCCACCUGUUUUCCAAAACUUUAGGACUUGAACGUCAUUUUGGUUCAUGAGUACGAUAGCAAAAAGUCCUGAAAGCAACAUUUUUAUGUAUAUUCUCUAUUGUUUCUGUUUAUUUCCUGGAACAUUUGAGGCCAGUGAAAUUCAUCCGCGAUGCCAGAAGGAGCCUCACGAUGGCGUUCUUUGACAUCCCACACAAAACCAAGGAUAAAAGGUUGAAUGGCGUCCCUGUCUGUGCUUCAUAGUCGACAAAGUGUAAAUAAAUUUGACAGCGGAUGGAAUCUCCUAGCCUGACAGUGUGAAGUGAGUUUCUGUGUUUAGAGAGUAAGUUUACAGAAAAAGAAAACAUUUUUGGAGAUGUUGGAGCAUAAUUUGUCAAAAUAAAAGGUUUAUAUGUCUUGUAUUUUAUUAUUUUUUUUAUUAUUUGGCUUUUCUGUAAAAGAAGUUCAAUAAAUCUGGAGAAAAGUUUAUUUUUUAUUAAAUUACGAGGUUGGAAGAAAGCUGCAGCAAACAGUAACAGUGCUUCCAACUUUACUUUUUAUUAAAAUAACAUUUAAAAUUCACUAAAAUGAAAACUUUUUUCCCCCCAGUUAUUUUGUUGCUUUAAUUCCAGAUGAAGUAUUUAAUCUUCAGUUUCAUCAGAAUAAAAUGUGAACCUGUGUAAUCACAUUACCUAAACUGAUCAACUUUUCUGUCACAGAAAUAUCUUUGUAAGAUUUGCUUUGAGAUUUUAUUUUUGUAACAAACUGUGAGCCGCACUAACGGACGAACUAACCGGGAUGGAUGAAGCAGGAAAAAGCAUCAGGACUGAAAUGUUUUUGUUGACAUGCUGAAGGGAAGUUGAUCAUUCAUCCGUUUUAUUUGUAAUAAACCAAAAAAUGUUUUUU